AUAAACUAACUAACAACUUCCACACACAAAGACGUCACUCUCUAGGUUGUCUUCGAAAAAAAAUAGUUUGGGCGGUGAAUUGCUUUCCAUGACGCGCAAGCCUUUUAGAACCAUGACGUGAAACGAGUCCGUCGACACAACUGCGCGUGAAAGACGCAGAAGCCUUUUUAGUGGAGGAGCGACGGGGAAGGGGCGGGGCUUGUGAGCGCCGCGGAGCAUGUUGGGUGCGAAAUUUUGACAAUAACUCAAAUAAAUGCUGAUCAGAUAUCAAAACACAUUUGGGGUGAACUGAUGGCAGAGAACGCGAUUUGUAUUCUUAAAUAUUCAUUGAAGAAAGAAUUGGGCUCCAGGAGAAGGGGCUUGAGCAGCAGUAGGGGUCUAUCUGUGUACGUGCCUGAUCAGUACCUACAUAAAUAUGCUGUUCAUUAACAAUAUACUGUUAUUUCUGGCACACAAAUAACAAUAAGAGUAACAAUGUCUGACUGUACCGAAUACCAAUUUUGUGCAUAUUGGAAUGGAAUCAAUAAAUAAUGCUUUUAUUCUGGAUAAUCUGCGGCGGAAGUGGUUUUCGUUUUUGCUCGUGACGGAUUUCAGACUUCACUGUGGUCCUCUGGAGCAGCAGCGUGGACUAAUCGAAUGAAGGUUGCAGAUGAGCUGGAUGUCUGACUAAACAGACACCUGAUCCGGUUCACGCCGGUUUGGACGCAGAGCUGCCGACUGAAGCUUCUGUUUCUAUCGGUGCUUCGGUGGAGAGGAUGCGACGGGCCCGCACCGCCCUGCGCACUAUGGAAACAUCCAGCUGCUGCUCUUCUGCUGCCUGAUACCUGCAGCUUAUUCUUCAGCAGCGAACAUAACGUUACAUCGGAAUGAACGGGAUCACACGCUGAGUGGGAGGCAGCGAGAGGGCGUCGUGUCAUCAUCAUUAUUCAGCGAGGUUAGAUGUGAUGGCUGUACUUUGGAGACUUCCUCUCUCUGUGCUUCUUCUGUGCCUGCACACUUUUAGUAGGGCAUCUCCUUCCUGCCCAGUUGGCUGUCGCUGCUACAGCCUCACCGUGGAGUGUGGGUCUACCGGCCUGAGAGACGUCCCCAAACACAUUCCUCCAUCCACAAAGACCAUCUUCCUCCAGGACAAUGUGAUUGGUCAGAUCCGUCGACGAGACCUCGUUCUCCUGAGACACCUGCACUACCUGUACCUGCAGAACAACACCAUCUCAGCAGUGGAGCCUGGCUCUUUCCAGAACCAGGGACAGUUGCUGGAGCUGGCCAUGAACGGGAACCGAGUCCACCUGGUAACAGCUGACAUGUUUCAGGGACUGGGACAUCUCCGCAUUCUUUACCUGGCACAAAAUGACAUCACACGCCUACUAGACUACACCUUCCGUGGUUUACAGCGCCUGCAGGAGCUCCAUUUGCAGCACAACAAUAUCGAGAUUUUAGCUGACCAAGCUCUUGUUGGUUUGACUUCUCUUGCUCUGCUGGACCUGAGUAGGAACAAUCUUCACACUCUAGGCCCUGCAUCCCUGCGUCCUCUAGUCAGCCUACAGGUGCUGCGUGUCAUAGACAACCCAUGGCGCUGUGACUGUGCUCUCCACUGGCUGAGAAGCUGGAUUGAUGCAGAGGGCCAGAGGCUGCUUAGCUCUGCAGAACGUCGACUGGUGUGCACCGAGCCGCCACGCCUCUCUCACCUCAGCCUGGUUGAGGUACCUCUCAAUAGCUUGGUGUGUAUCCCUCCACUAUUGCAGCUGGAGCCCAGGAGGCUAGCAGUGCGCCUGGGAGAGAGCCUCAGGGUGUCAUGCCAUGCCUCUGGUUACCCACGACCACAGGUGACCUGGAGGAAGGCGUCCCAGGGUAAAGUGGAGUUUUCUCCCAGAGGCCUAGUUCAAGAGUUGGGUGCAAGAGGAAGUGGAAGAGAGGAAACCUCAGAAGAAGGCAAAGUUAGUCUGCAGAAGACUGAUGGCGAGCACUUUGACCCAGACACUGGCAGUGGCAUGCUGUUUCUCAGUAAUGUGACAGUGGCUCAUGCAGGUUUCUAUGAAUGUGAAGCCUGGAACGCAGGGGGUGUGGCCAGGGUGACAUUUCAGCUUGCCAUCAACUCAUCAACCUCUUCUUCCUCCUCUUCUUCCCCAAUCUGGGCCUCGUGGUCCCAGGUGUCCUUGCCAUACUCACCAUCCUGGCCCAGGCUGAGGAGCCAUGGUACCGCUACAGGCUCAGAUGUCAGCAGAGAGCCACUGUACGCACUGGGCAGCAUGGCAUUUAGCGCUCUGGGAGCAGCCACUCAAACUGCUAUUGCUGUAGGCAUCUCCCUGCUGUCUCUGACUGCUUUGCUGCUGGUCGCCAUGAUCUACAGCCGACAUCACCAAAGAGAAAAGGAAGCUGAUGGAGCUGAGAAGGAGGAGAGCAUCCUGUAUGUGAAUGACUACUCUGAUGGCCCAACCACCUUUGCCCAGCUGGAGGAGUAUCGUGAUGAGCGCGGCCAUGAGAUGUACGUCCUCAACAGAGCAAAGCCUGUGUUGCCUUCUGCUCCCACGACAGUGGUUUCCACCACAAACCUGGGUUAUCCCGUUCCAUCGGAUACCUCAAGCCACACCCUCUCCUCUGGGCCUUGCCAGACCAUGAAUCACAGUUUACCCCCAAACAAAAAGCUUCAACAGCAGCAGGAGGGCGACAUACAGACCAUGAGGAGGAUGGCAGGAGAGGGAGGGGAAGCCAAGCCUGUGAUUACAUCAGAGACAGAAGGGAUGUUUCUGAAUCACACAGGCCUGUUCAUGGACUCCCAGAUUGCCUAUGAGAUCCACUGCUGAAAGAUGGUAGAUAAUCCACUGUGUGAAAUUGUGGAUAAGAGCAAAACCUGGCUAAUCUGAAAGUUGGGGUCACUGCAGGAAUCUACCACCACCCAUCCCUGUGGAAGGAUUUACUUUCUACAAGUCACAUCCACACAUACAGUUGUAAAAGUCAAAAGUUUACAUACACUUGUAAAGAACAUAAUGUCACGGCUCUCUUGAGUUUCCCUGUUAUUUCUACAAGUCUGAUUUUUUC